AUGCGUUAGUUGUAUGAAUACUUCGAAAAUGUUUUAUGCAGGCCUCGACCUUCAUAUUGGCAGUUCGCCAACUCAAAUGUAUCGAAUUGCUCGAACAUACCAUGAACAUCCUCUAACCUACUUGGACGCCGCCGCACGCCUGGACUUCCGUCGCCUCUGGCACCGUCUCUUCUCAAACGGAGGACUACGGAAUCAUGCCGUAAACAUCUUCAAAGACUAUGAGGUAUUUUUCCUACACGCUUCCGAAAACACAGCACCCGUUCUUUUCCCUGUCACUGUACAGAUGAGGCACCUUAAUUCUCCUGGUUGACGAUCUACUGGGAACAGAAUUCGUGAAUAAUAUUACCCGUCUUUUAAAUGACUCAACCCCCCUUAGGGUGGUGCUAUUAAGCCACCGCUAGGUUUUUAGCGUUUCUGGCUCUCAUUAUUGAUUAUUUACAGGCUUGAGUUUCUUUGAAACCAAAUUUGUUAAUGAUGAAGCCUAGGUAGUCUUUUAUUUCUCAAGUCUUGAUUAUGAGAGCGAACUACUCUCGUAAGGCCUACAUUUGUCCUUGUCACCCUUUAGUUAGGCAACGUAAUUCGACGCUUUCACGAGGGUCUACAGUGUCCGCGUUCAGAAAUUGCUGUUUUAUAAGUUCAGUAUAUAGUUCCUAGCAUUGGAGUAAAAUAACCAGCUGUUUGUGUUCAUUGCUGUCUGCUAGUAAUUUUCCGUCCUUGUUAGUUAGAUAGGAGUUGGUCGCAGACUUUCUGAGAGAACCGGACUUUCUGUCUAUAAACUGGAUUACUGAAAUGAAUAGUGUGUACGCAGAUCUUUGUCAGCUAAUGCCUAUCCAGGAUGGCAAAAGCAGUCACGUCAUCGACAGCAGCGUCUUACCACUUGAAAUCGCUAGGACCAUCGGUCAGAGACAUAAGUACACAAUUGCUACGGGGUCUUUGUUUUAUUGACAAUCCUCCUUACUAUUAGACGAUAACACCCGUCCGCUUUACAUUUUUGGGUUUCAGCUAAAAAAUCCUUUCAACAAGAUUCGAUGUCAUGAUUUUUGAUAAGCACACAGUAUCAUCUGCUACCGAAAUAUGCUGCUGUCUGACAGUGGUACGUAACGUAAACCAGUCAUCUUUGUGGAGCCUACCUACUAUUUUAGCGAUCUCUAUUUUUAUCUUCAGCUGCGCCUUAACUACCACCCUGAUUUCGUUGAAGUACCGCUGUCCUCGGUCAAUUUUUUUACCAAUGCACGCGCUCUCGCGAGCCUACUGACUUAUCUUCUGCCAAAUCCGGGCUCUAAUCCCCUGUUCUCUGAGUCUACACUUCAGUGGAUGCUGUCUCCUGGUAGCGUUGUCCACGACGAUCCUGUUCUUCAGCGGUCUGUUCAAUACACAAAAAGCGGACUCUUCAUCGAGAGCUCCCCUGAGGUGUGUCUAACACCAGACCUUUCUGUCGAUUUGACUCCCUUUUUACUCCUUUCCUUACCUCCCAUUCAGGUGAUUAUCUAUAACAUGCAGUCUUAACCACUACACGAAUUUAGAUUUUACGCCGGUCUUUUUCCAUGACAACUUACUGGACCCCUCAACCUCACUCGUUCCAAACAUAAAUUGGACCGUGUUCGCUAAUUUAAUUGAGGACAGUAUGCUAAAUCCCAGGCCGACUACGAACAUUACGGUGGGAGUUGAAACUGGUCUUUCCCGCACUUUGAAAUAAGUGCUUUUAGAGCUGCCGAUCCACAUUUCUCCUGCCUGGUAGUAGAAUGAAUGCAAUAACCUGGAUAUUAGGCGGCCCUCCUUACCUAUCGAGUCACCUGACUUUUUGACCGUCACUUACUAACUGAGACCUGCGCCGUUUUUUUCGAGUAAAAUGUGCUCCCAACUCUUUUUAGUAAGCAUUAGUGUUUAUUUAUGAUAUACCGGCGAAAAUUCUCCCUUGUUGGCUCCAGAAGAUCUAUCGUGUAUCCUACAUAACGCUGGCGCAGAGCAGCCUCGACUCUGCCUAUGAUGAUCAUAUCGUCGCGAACGAUGAGUUCCGUCAUUACUCUACAAGUAUGGCUCAGCAGUGAUUUUCUAGUGGGUUUUUUGUAGUGCAACUGCCUUGCACAGCAGUCUUCUCACCAUGUCUCUUCCCGCGUCCACCACUUUUCGACCAAAGGUAGACGCGGACGCAAUGGCUGACAAAACCAAACGGCCUGUCUACGUCUGCCAAGCACGACCUUGUUCCGACACCUGUUCUGGAUUUCAUGUAGGGACCUGGAAUCUCCUUUAGUUGAGAAUGUUAUAACGGCUACUGCGGCCUGACUACCAGUUCUGUUUAGAGCCGGGUUACCCCGUUAGUUGACAACCUUUCGAACUACGAUUGAUAGCGCGUCGAUAUGGGCCGUAAAGUUAGACAUCCUCUCCGUUUAGGUCUCGGCCCUUCUUCUCUCUUCCGCACGCAAGUUGACUAACCGAGCCUGUCAGCCGACCUGCGAUCGAGCGCGGCGGAUACUAUGACAUGAAACUUCCGCCUUCGCUGUGCCGCACGCAGAAGUGGAGCAGCACGACAAACUCGUAUCAUGAUUUUGUCUGAUUCAUGUUUUGAUUCAACUUGCCUGCAGUGCAGCCCGUUUGGCCCGGGGGGAGGGUAGUCGGUCCUUCACUGCAGACUCGAGUGGUCGUGGACGAUCACCCGACCAGUGCAGACUGCAACCCGGCGAUUGGGAAAUUGUGUUCGAAAAUUGACUGUAUGUAAAUCCGCGCGGGUUUUGUAAGACUCAAUGUCUCGGUUAGUUCCUUAGAUCAAAGUCCCUAAAAUUUAGCUGCCAGACUUAAGCUGACCUCUAUGCGGCCGUGCGAUGUGGCGUGGGUUAUCGAUGACUCUAGAGAAGCUAGUGAACCGCUAUUUCUACGCGGGAUUUCGCUGCAGAUCUUCCCGCCAUUAACUGCUUAUUGGUACGCAAUUGCAUGUAGGCUGAAGAUCUUGGGCCACAACAGUCAGAAAAUAACUGCUUCACACAAACACUAGUUAAGUUUCAAUGUUUUUGGUACAAGGAAUUGUGUUCCGGGAGAUGCUGCAUGCGAUCGAGCGAAGUUUUACUGAGUCCGGACCUUCGGAUGCGUUUUGGACGGGGUCCACAACUGAACUUUGCUGAACAGUACUGAUGGGACGCGUACACUUAUCCCUGCGAUGCAUGGGAGACCAGUGUUUUUGGUGAUUCGUCAGUCCUGGGAAAACCGUGGCACCUGUCGAUAUGCCGAUCGGUAUUCCCAUAGCCGACAGUGAUUUCGCGAAGUAAAUUGAAAGGACAUGUUUAUUAACUUGACCAGCGAAUGACCCUUCCUCGACAGUUAACUUUCCGCCUAACAACCGACAGGACAACAGUCCUGUGUCUUGAUGGUAGAGCGUUGGUUAACUUAGUGCUCGAUGACAUAAGAGUCCCCGUUCGAGUCCCGAGUCGAGCAUGGCCGACUGACGACGGCUUAGUAGUCGGAGAUUGCCACCUCAUUCUCACUUCUCUUUGUUGGUACUCUUUUCUAGAUAGACAGAGUGCCUCGUUUUUAAGUUAUGCGCUUUUUCCGUUCGUUUUCAUGCCUACUAGUUUAUGGCCGCCUCCAGCGUGUUAUGCACUAGACCACUCAGACUCUGCCACCUUUGAGGCUGGCACAUUUCUGGGCGAUGCGUUGUAGCUUUCGUGAUCCUCGCAACCGAACACAAGAAAAUUCGAAGUCUGUAUUUUUCUCACCUCGGAUGCCCAUCCAUCUUUGCAGACCAUUUGACAGCGUCAUUGUGAUGUGACAUUCCACCUUUCGUUGCCGGCGGUGUCCAUUAUGUGCUCCACAGCAACGUGAAGCAGGCACGAUGACUUGCGCGUGAAUUAUUUUAAAGUGAGUGUAGACUUGCACUGCAUCCACCUCACUCUCUCCUUCUCACUCACCUGGGUCCGGUGUCAAGAAAUAGUCAAGAAGACCCGGGGGCGGGAGGACGCAUUUGGGAUGGUGCGGCCGAGCACGGAUCCUGGCGCUCAACUCCACGCCGCCUGGUCUACACUACAAUCGAACAGGAUUUUAACCAACAACAAAAACAGCGCCACAACGGGUCAGAAGAACGAUGAUGACUGGCAGCCAUGCUUAAGCGCAUCUACUGACAGGGAACUAGUUGUCAGAGAACGACCAGCGUAUACCAGGCUGCGAGGGCCAUGGUUUGCUGACCCUGGCAUAGCAGACGCUUACAGACCUCUUGGCCCCAUUUUGAUAUACGCUCACCCCAAAGGACUCCUAGAGACAGUCCAACUCAACUUUCUCGUUGCUAGGCAUAACGCAAUGCGUUUUCCUCUGAUAAGAGUUUUCGUUUGUGUUAAAUCGGAAAGCUUCUGUCGGAGUUAACUAUUUACCUGGCCUUCCUAAUUGUUUAUGUAUUUCCCCAACAACAGCCGAGCAACUCUUCAGAUGCUCUUUCGAUGCUCCUGUCUUCUCAUGAACAUUUCGCCGACUCGAAAAGUGCCUUCUGCCAAAAUUCGGAGUCUAUUUUUUGUCAAAGCCAGUUCACCUUCCUACGUCCAUAGGCUGUGGAGUUUAUAUGUUGUAGUCUUCUGGGCAAAUCUGUCCGCUCAUGCGCUUUUCUAUGUGAUUUUACAGUUGUUUUACUCUUCAAAUUUUAGGGAAAGCCGAUUUUCGGGCUGCGUGACGAUAUUCUCGGACAAGUGGCUUUUGUGGACCCGUCUAGAAACUUGACAUUCGCAUAUGUUACAAAUCAUGCCCAUGGCUGCUCCGUCCAGCGCGACUGGAUUUUGAAAACCCUUAUCCAGGGCAUCUAUGCGUGCCUCUAG